AUGGAUAAUAUGAGUGAUUGGGUUCAACACAUGGUUGAGAAGAGUCCGCAAAUCAAUCAAAUGGAUGUCCAAAACAUGGGUUGUUUGAAUUUCGACAAAAGUAUGAGUCAAACUGUAUUCAGUGGUUUAGUCAAAGAGACAUCUGUCCAACAAUACCCGGUUUCCGACCGAUUCCUAGUCUUCCAGUUAUUGACUAAAAUGUUUCAGAAAUAUUCUGAAGAAUUGAAGGCAAAUCGACCCGAAUUUCUAUACGGAUUACUGCAGUUGGUUGAGGGCGAACGCGACCCUCGAUGUCUUCUCGUGGUCUUUCGACUCAUGCAUUCAGUUAUUGAAUCAUUAGAUUUAGAUCCAUACACUGAGGAUGUUUUUGAAGUGAUUUCAUGCUAUUUUCCAAUUCUCUUCACUCCUACUCCUGACGAUGAAUACGGCAUAACAAAGGAAGACCUGUCCGGUGAACUGCACCGGUGUUUCACAGCGUGUCCACAAUUUGCUCCGUUUUUAUUUCCAUUGGUUUUGGAAAAAUUAGAGUCAGAGCUGAUAACAGCCAAAAUAGAUUCAUAUAAAGUUAUUGAAGGCGUUUCUCGUAAUUAUGGUUACGAAAGAAUCAACCAAUUUAUUCCUCAACUCUGGACAGCCAUUAGAGUCGAUGUUCUUAAGCCUAAACUAUUGGAGACUGAGAUCUCAGAGCACGCCUUAAAGGCUUUGAUUUCAAUAAGCGAUGCAAUGAUUGAAAACGAACUGAUGUUUGAUUCGUUUACAAAACAAAUUUGGACCGAUAUUUCCAAUGCAUUUAAUAAACCAGAACUGGAUUUAGUUGACUCCGGAGUUAGUAUAAUGUUGGCAACAAUUUCAUCAAAUGCUUAUGCAUUCAAUCAAAUGAUUACACAAUUGAUGCCUAUUUUACUCAAACAAUUCACUUUCUGUCAAAAAGAGUCAACUCGUGUUGUUAUUAUUGAAUCAAUUUCUAGAAUCUUAAGCCAUUCGCGAAAUAUAUCUCAAAAACAGAUCAAUUUAAUUAACUUCGAGUCUUUGUUCACACUUAUGACAUCUUUAUCAGUGGCCGACACAGAGACUGAUAAUAUUAGGGAAAGUGUUGUCUCAUGUCUUCAACAAUUGAUUCAAUUGAAGGAAAUGAAUGAGAAUAAGUGGGAAAUCAUUACAAAAGUGUUGCAUUCAUUGCUUGAUAAUUGUUUAAAUGGACAACAAUUA